AUGUGGUGGCUCGAUCCCGGGAAGGAGGUGUUGAACAUCCUGUUCAAUCGGAUCCUCGCUCCCUACGUCGAAAAUUUGGACAUGAAUCAAGUGAAUUAUGGGAUUGGACAAGGCGCAUCCACAGGACAACUCACACUGCGGAAUCUCCGGCUCAAGAAGGGUGCUCUCGACAAGUUCCGACUCCCCGUGGAUGUUCUCGAGGGACAUCUUGGAACAUUCACGCUCUCGCUUCAUUGGAUGAACUUGGGCAAUCAGCCUGUCGAAGUUCUCGUUGAAGACGUGUAUCUGCUUGUGGUCCCCUCGCCACAAUCCAAUGAUAAUCCAGAAGAAGAGGAGAAGCGCGCUCAGGCUGCCAAAUCAGAACGUCUCGAAAAUGCAGAGCUACUCCAUAUGCGGGGCCAGGCUGAAAGCACAAGCGAUGACUCUCCCCAAUCCCAGGGAUUAAUCCAGUCUCUGACUGCCAAGAUCAUCAACAAUGUGCAAGUGACCGUGAAGAACAUUCAUAUUCGCUAUGAAGACAAACUUAGUGUGCCGGGGCAUCCGUUUGCGGCAGGAGUGACACUGGCUGGCUUUACGGCAGUGUCGGUCAACGACCAUUGGCAAGCUGCUUUCAUAGAAAGCACUGCCGGGGCCAUCCACAAGGCAUUUCGGUCCACUUGGUGUCUCUAUGCCGCUGACACCAUGGCUAGCUUGCUAAGCUGCAAUCGCUGGCCGUAUAUUUUGACACAGACUCUGCGAGUAUGGCUGGACUAUCUCCGGGUGAGGCGAUCAAGAAGUUCUCCGCUCUGGUCUAUAUCCACGGAAUCCCGGGACGCAAGCCAUCAAUUCAUUUUGAAGCCUGUUUCUGGAGAGGGACGGGUGAUCAUGAACCACCGAUUCGACAAGGAGACGCCUCAAUUCGAUGUGCAACUUUUGUUUGAUGAGAUUGGAGUCGCCUUGGACGACAAGCAGUAUCGGGACAUCAUAUCUCUUGUCGAUAUGUAUCACGUGUAUGUGCGGCAGCACCAGUAUCGCAAGUACCGCCCUGCUCAGAUCGAGUUCAAGGACAAUGUCGCCAAGGCCAGGCUGAAAUACGCAGGUGCAGCCAUCUUGGAGGGGGUUCGAGAUCGAAGGCGCAAAUGGACGUGGGGCUACUUCGCUGAACGGCGCGACGAUCGGAACCGAUACGUUGAUCUGUUCAUGAAGAAGUCCUUGAAUACGCUCUCCGGGCCUGAUGUCAAGAUCCUUGAUGACCUGGAAAAAAAACUUUCCUAUGAGGACAUCCGGUUCUACCGGUCGAUCGCGCGGUCUCGUCUGCGCAAAGACAUGGCCCUGCGUAAGAAACUGGAGCAGGCCAAGACAAAAGAACCUGUCAAACAGACGUGGGGUUCCUGGAUCUGGGGCUCGUCUGGGUCAGAUGCAAGCACGAGUCAAGAGGACCCCGCGUUCGGGGGUGCCAUGACCGACGAACAGCGCAAGCAGCUGUACGACGCCCUCGAUUACGAUGAAAAGUCCGCUGUGCUCGAGGGCCUGUCCGCCCCACGUGACUCCGUGAAAGCUCGGAUUAUGGCGAAACUCAACAAAGGCACCUUUGGUCUCAAAACGCAUACGGAAGAGCGCACAACAGACGCGGUCUCCGUCGUGUUCGGGCUGUUCCAGGCCGACAUCAUCCAGCGGACGGACAAUCUCGAUGCAUCGCUUUCCCUGGGAGAUUUCAGCAUCUUUGAUGGAACCACGAGUAACUCGCUGUAUCCUCAAAUUGUCCGUGUCAAGGACCGAGAGGACGGCAAGUCGUUACUUCUAAAUCUGAUUGGCCAUCAGACUCAUCUACCGCGGUCAGGUGAUUAUGGAAUCCAGAUCGAGGGCGACAAGAAACCCGUGCCCGAGCCAUUCUUGUUCAUCAAAUUCGAGCAUAAUCCACUGGAUGAGCGGGCCGAUAAUGCUCUGACGGUCAAAAUGAGGCACAUGUCGAUUAUCUACCACAAAGGAUAUGUCGAGGCUGUUUACAAGUUCUUCAAGCCGCCUGCGAGCCAGCUGGAAUCGGUCGAAGCCCUAUUGAAUGUCGCCAGUGAAACAUUUGAGGGAUUGCGCAAGGAGACGCGUGCUGGGCUUGAAUACGCUUUGCAAACUCACAAGACCAUAGACAUUCAGAUGGACAUGAAUGCACCCGUCAUCAUCAUCCCAGAAAGCGUGACCACGCACAACUGCAAGCACCUGAUCAUAGACGCAGGUCACAUAGCCAUUGAGAGCAAUCUGGCUGACAAAUCUGCCAUUCGCGCCAUUCAUCAGAAGCGCAACAAGCAAUAUACCGAUGAAGAUUACCGCGAGUUGGAGUCACUCAUGUACGACAAGCUUUCGAUUCGUCUCGAAGCUGCUCAGUUUGUGCUGGGGAAUGAUCUCCAAUCCUGCCAAGAUGCUCUGACCUCGGAGGGUGGGGACUCGCUGCAUCUGCUUGAGCGAGUCAAUCUGGACUUGGAGGCACAAAACUCGAUUGUGCCGACAGCCCUGAAUCUUGCACGGUUCAAAGUGUCUGGAAGUUUGCCCAGUCUGCAGGUUAAUGUGUCGGAUAACAAGUACAAGGCUCUCAUGCGCUUGAUUGAUGUGUGCAUUCCCAAGUUCGGGGACGACGACCAGCCUCGGCCAAUAGUCAAGCCCGGUUCGAGCUCGUUUCAACUCCCCACGGGCCUAUUCGCGCAAACUGAGCGGGAGUACAACAUCGAAGAUGAUGAAGAGAGUCAACAACUUGAGUCGGAAGAAGACACGUUCUUCGAGGCUGAUGAUGGCUCGGCUCAACUGCCUGAAUUGCAUCAGCACAUCUUUGAGCUCGACUUCAAGGUCGACAAUCUGCGCGCUGCCUUGGCCAAGACGGGGAGCGAUGGCGUCGAGAAGUCCCUAGGCGAUGUCACCCUGGAAAAGUUCUCGCUUGGAUUUGCUCUCGCCAAGUUUGACAUGAAAGUGGAUGUGAAUCUACGGCGAGUGUCGUUGUCCAUGAGUGUGUUGCAGCCCUCGGCAGAUCCCAUCAAAUUCGUGUCUUCCCCGGAGGCGGAUUCGUCACAUGACCGUGAUCUCUUGAGCCUGACGUACCGACGCGCGCAGAAGGAAUCGCCCGAGUUCACCACAGUGUACGAGGGGAUCGAUCAGAGCGUGGACAUCAAGUUGUCAACCUUCAUCUUCCGUGCUGCGCCUGAGCCCGUGCUGACGCUGUAUGACUUCAUUAUGACCACCUUCGUGCCACAGUCCAGCAACACCCCGGCGCCAGUCGAGCCCGCUGAUGUCCAGACGCCCUCUGCCUCGGACGGGAAGAUUCGUGUGCUGGUCAAACUGGACAGUGUCCAAGUGAUUCUGAUGAACGGGAUGACGAAUUUGGCCACUCUGUCUCUCUCUACUGCGGAUGUUUCCGUGCUUUUGCUGCCGAAGACCAUGCAAGUCUCUGCUCGACUGGGUAGUCUUGCGUUGAGCAACGAUUUCCACAAAGUACGGGACGAAUUCAGCCAGAUUCUGUCCAUCGAGGGCCAGAACUUUGCCGAAUUCCGGUACCAGACGUUCGACGUCGAAGAAAGCGGGGUCAAGUCCGCCGUGUACCUGAAUGCGGCGUCGGUGCAGUUCCACUUUUUGGAGCAGCCGCUGCACGAGAUCUACCUAUUCCUUCUCAAGUUGGCGCGGUUGAAGGGUCUGUACGAUGCUGCCACUCAGGUCGCUGUGCAGCGCGCGUCUGAGAUCGAGCGCAUGCAGUUUGACGUGUAUGUCAAGUCUCCGAUCAUGAUCUUCCCCUCGAAUCCGGAGCGAUCGCCGGACGUGCUCGUCCUCCGACUGGGUGAGAUGUCGGCGAAGAACGAGUACGAGGGUGCGACGAACAAGAUCAAGGCUAGUCUGACGGGUAUCCAAUUGGUGUCCAACUUGUACAUCGGGGAGGAAUUGUCGACGCUCAAGAUCGUCGAUGACAUCAACAUCAACACGGAUGUUGUACAGACCAGCGGUGUGGACAGAACGCAGGACUUGGAGUUUCCUGAUACCCAGAUCUCCGUACAAAUAUCCGAUGUUCGAUUAUUCCUGACGCAAGUCCAAUAUGUGCAGCUCAUACAGCUGGCUGGCUCGAUUCCCCGUGUUCUUUCUGCAGACACUGACUUACCGGACACGGCACAGCCUGUGCAAGAAUUGCCGCCGUCUCCCUCGCUCAGCAUUGACGAUGAUGACGAUGACGAUGACGACGAAGACGAAGCGGUUGCCGAUCUAGAGCCAGAACUCAAGCCGGGUACGACAUCUGGGGGGCGAGUAGCCUGGACGACCCUGGAUCUGGUCGUGGUUGUUGAUGCAGUGAAGUUGCAUCUCUAUGACGCGUCUGCAACGAAAGAGUCGAAUCUCAAAGAACACGGGAUUGCACGAUUCGCGCUGAACAGCAACUCGUUGCGAUUCAAGAUGCUGAAUGAUGGAUCGGGCGAAGCGCAGGUCGUGCUCAAGUCGUUUACCGUCGGCAACACCCGUGCUGGGACCUCCAAGUUCCGGGAGAUUAUCCCUGCGGCCCAGCACGACAGAAACCAGUUUAUGCUGCUUUACACGAUGUCGGGCGGCGCCAAGCCCGCUGCGCUGGCGGUGCUCACCGUGGACUCGCCGCAGGUGAUCUUCGCUGUGGACCCGCUGAUUGCACUGCUGCAGUUCUUCAUGAGCGCAUUUCCGGGCAACGCUGCCGAGGAUGUGGUCGCCGAUGCGCCAGCCGCCGAGCCACAGCAUCAAACGAACAUAGACUUCCGGGUCGAUCUGCACGAUGUAUCGAUCAGCAUUCUGGAGAACGAUGCCGACUCGGAGUCUCCCGCGAUGAAGCUGACGAUCAACCAGGUGUUGCUGUCCCAGCAGGGAAUCAUGGCUCUCACUGUAGGCCGACUGGGAAUGUCGCUGAUACGGAUGGGGAGACCAGCGGAAAGUGUGCGGUUCCUGGAUGAUGUGGACAUGACAUUCUCGAUGGACACGCGAGCCUCGUCAGGACAGCAGAUGACGAGCAUCGAGAUCUCUUCCAAGCCGAUCGUCUUCCGCGCGUCUUACCGCGACAUUAACAUGAUCAUGACCAUUGUGAACAAGGCGAUUGAGCUUUCUGGAGAGUCGCAGGCGGCGCCGGCGACGAAGCCGCAGUCGACUCGGGUUUCUGGCACUCAGGUGUCUACAUCCAAGCAGCCGGCCGGGAAGGCUCGCGUGCUUAUGUCGAAGGAAUCUCUGAAAGCGUCGAUCGACGGUUUCCGGCUUGUUCUGAUCGGGGACUUGUUUGAGCAGCCGAUGCUCCAUCUUAAGGUCAAGCCAUUUGUGAUGGGCGCGAAGGAUUGGACGGGCGACCUGCAAGCCACAACUACCAUAGCGACGCAAAUCAGCUACUGGAAUCUGGCCAAUUCACACUGGGAGCCGUUGAUUGACCCCUGGACAUUCACGACCUCGGUCACGAGAUCUGCGAGCACCGGAAUCGGCAUCACGCUCUCCUCGAGGGAGCGCUUGGACUUGAAUCUCACGGCGACUUUCGCAGAGCUGGCCAUCACUACAGCCAACGCUUGGACCCAACAGGGCGAGUUCGUGCUCAAGAAGGAACGCGGCAGCUAUGCCCCCUACCGGAUCAACAACAGAACCGGGUCGUCGAUCUUCAUUUGGCCCGAUGUUGAUGGAAGUACGAGCGCAAAGGAUGUUGCCGCAGUCAAGAUUCCAAACGACGAGACCGUCGAUUGGCGGUUCGAUGACUGGAAGACGAUGCGAGAGCACAUGACGUCGUCGGGACAACACAGCGUUGGGCUGCAGUUCGACGGCAAGCCGUGGGAGCAGUUGCGGAGCAUCCCGGUCGACAAGGAGGGGGAGUACAUUUUCAGUCUCCGCCCUCGAACGGAGAAGUUCCCGAACCGGCUUCUGGUCGAAGUCAAAGUCCAGGACACGGUCAAAGUAGUCACGUUCCGAUCCACGUACAAGAUCGAGAACUUGACGCUGUAUCCGAUUGAGAUCACGCUGGUCGACAAUGCCGGACAUCCGACCCAGUCGCUCGAGAAGCUGGCACCGGGAGACCACUUUUCGCUCCCCAUCGAGGCCGUGACGACGAAUCGGGUGCGGAUUCAGCCCGACCAGGGAUUCGGAUACAAGUGGAGCUCUCCCAUUUACUGGGAAGAUCUCCUCGCCAAGCGCAACUUCACGAUCAAGUGUGCGCACGCAAACCCGACCGAGGCCGCGUUCCGAUUCCAGGCAUGGGUUCAGACCGACGAGGGCAAUUCUCGGAAACACCCGAAGAUCAAUCUCAAGCUGCGGGCGCCCAUCGAGUUGGAGAAUCUCCUGCCCUACAAUCUGGAGUACCGCAUCUAUGACAAAGACACGGAUCAGAAUUGGAGGAGCUACCUCCGAAAGGGUGGGAUCAUGCCCGUGCACUCUGUUGAACUCAGCCACCUGGUCCUGCUCAAUGUCGAAGUGCAGGACACUGUCUUCCGGCCGAGUGAUUUCGCGAUCAUCAACACGAACCAUCACUCGGACUUUGACAUCGAGGGCCGACUGACCCUGCGGGACGCGAAUGACAGGAAGCUCGACCUCAGACUGAAUUAUUUGCGCUAUCCCGACUCGGGCGGUGCUUUCAAGGUACAGAUCUACAGCCCGUAUGUCGUGGUGAACAAGAUGGGGCUUCCGUUUGGUGUCCGGUCUCGGGCUGGCCGCACUGGGUCUCCGCAGGAUGUCGCUGGCGAAACUCGUUCAGAGAUACUCGCACAGCCGCAACCGUUUUUGCUUUCUCACCCGAACGACAAUGGCCACGACUAUGUGUUCCGUGUGGGAGAUUCUGUGUGGUCGAAGGUGCUGAGCUUCGAGGCUCCGUCUGCAGAAACCCAGCUGGCCGUUGCCUCGCAGAAGCAGAGAGCAGACGAGAUUCUGAUUGGGGUGUCCUGGACGGAGGGCCUGGGCAAGUACAAGCUGACCAAGGUCAUCACGCUCGCACCGCGGUUCCUGAUCAAGAACAAUCUAACGGAAGCCAUCUCGUUCCGGGAGCACGGAGUCGCGCCCAGAGAACGAUCCAUCAUCAAGGCCGGGGAGCGCUGUCCGCUGGAAUACCUCCGGGCAUCGCAGGAGCGGCUGCUCACGAUUGCGUUCUCCGGGCUGAACGCCCAGUGGUCACCGCCAGUCCGGAUUGAGGACAUCGGGUCUGUGCACUUCCGACUGCGCUCUCCGACGACGGACGCCGUGCAGCUAAUCCGUGGAGAAGUCAAAAUCGAUGGCUCGACGUUCUUUGUCUCUUUCUCUCGAGAGACCGACGGCUGGCCAUUCCUGAUCGAGAACGACAGCGACUACACUGUGACUGUCACCCAGAGGGAUUCGACGGAAACAGAAGGCAACAAAGCGAAUCCGGUGUACACCAUUAAGUCGCGGACGGGGCUGGACUAUGCGUGGGACUCUCCUGCUGCUCUCGACAAGAAGAUUCUGCUUUCGAUCAACGGAUUCAAACGCGUGAUUGACGUGAUGGAGAUUGGAGAUCUUGUCCCGUUCAAGUUCAAUGACAACCAGAAAAGCCGGAUCGUGUCGUUGGACGUGCGGGCGGACGGGCCGAGGCAGGUGCUGCGGAUCACGAACUACAACCCGGAAGUCAGUCUGUACAAGCCGAAACGCGCCAACUCGACGCCGCUGCAACGACAAGACACGAUCUCAGGCAGCACGGAAGCGUUUGAUGCCAUCACGGAGGAGGCGCCGCCGAGCUUCGCGUUCACGGUGGACUUUGCGGGGAUCGGGAUAUCGCUGAUCAACAAGAAGAUGGUCGAAGUCGUGUAUGUGUCGCUGAACGCGCUCAAGUUUGAGUACACGGACAGCGCCGUGGCGCAUGCGGUGACGCUGUCCUGCGGAACGCUGCAGAUCGACAACCAGCUGCACGACGCGCUGUAUCCGGUCAUCAUCCAGCCGACGCCUAUUCCCAAGGGUAACAACGGGGGCACCGCCGCGCUUCCCACGGUGCAGGGCUCUGUCAUCUGGCUGAAGGACCAGGCACAUGGUGUUCUUUUCGUCAAGUACUGCUCGAUCUUGCUGCAGGCGCUGACUGUCGAAGCCGACGAGGAUCUCCUGUUCUCGAUCUACGAUCUCACUCAGAUCAAGGGUGCCUCAUGGGAGUCGGGCGUUUCCGAUGUUUUGAUCCAGCACGAGGGCGAGAUCGAGGAGCCCAAGGACGUGCAGGUCGGGGAGGACUUGUAUUUCGAGGUCCUUGAGCUCCAGCCGAUCAAACUGUCGUUGUCAUUCAUGCGCACCGAGCGUGUUAGUGCAGAAGAGCAGCUGAGCAUUCGGAAUCCUCUCGCCGUGGUGAUCAACGCGAUUACGAUGGCCGUGGGCAACAUCAAUGACGCGCCGCUGGAGAUGAAUGCGCUGGCCAUCAAGGAUAUGCGUCUAACGAUGCCAGAGCUGCAGACGCGCGUGGCAUAUCACUACCGGCAGGACGUCCUGCGGCAGCUGUAUCGGAUCCUCGGCUCGGCCGACUUCAUUGGGAACCCGGUCGGUCUGUUCACCAACGUGAGCUCUGGAGUAGCAGACAUCUUCUACGAGCCGUUCAAUGGGGUGGUCAUGCACGGGAACAAGGAGCUCGGCAUCGGUAUCGCCAAGGGAGCGGCGAGCUUCGUCAAGAAGACGGUCUUUGGGGUCAGCGACAGCAUGACCAAGUUCACCAGCAGCGUCGGCAAGGGUCUCUCGGCGGCGACGUUUGAUUCGGAGUACCAGACACGGCGCAGACUGGCCCAGCGACGGAACAAACCACGGCAUGCUAUCUACGGGGUCACUGCAGGUGGUGAAGCACUGGCAAGCAGUGUCGCCAGUGCGAUGGAAGGCGUCCUGAUGAAGCCGAUCGAGGGCGCCGAGUCCGAAGGCGCGUUUGGAUUCUUCAAAGGCGUGGGCAAAGGCCUCGUGGGUGCGGUCACGAAGCCCGUCGUCGGCGUGUUCGACCUCGCCUCGAACGUCUCGGAAGGAAUUCGAAACACCACGACCGUCUUCGACGGCCCUGAGCGCGACCGGGUGCGCCUUCCUCGCCAUGUUCCCUCGGACGGCGUCCUGCGGGCAAGUCCUUACGACGCUCGAGCAGCAAUGGGACAGUACUGGCUGCGUGACCUCGACAACGGAACGUACCGGCAGGAAGUCUACGUCGCCCAUAUCAACACCCCUGGAUCCGACAACGUAGUCCUACUGACGACAUCGCGGGUGCUCUCGUUCUGGUCCAAACGCCUGCGCCUCGAGUGGGAGCUGCCGUUCUCGCAGGUGCAAGGUGUGACCGUCGAGGACACGGGCAUCCGGUUCGCCCACAAGCAAGGGCGGGACCAGGACAAAUUCGUCUACAUCCAGGACAAGUCGUCCCAGUCCUGGUUCUUCUCGCAGGUCGCCUCGGUGGUCAAGGCGUUCAACUCAAAAAAGAGACAAGAUGUUUGAGCAGGUAGUGUCUGUGUGUGUAUUUAUGUCGUUGUUGUUGUUGUACUCGUGGAACAUAUGUAUUGUAAUCGCCAACUGCACAAACUCAGCGCCACUCGCCUUUCUUGCCACCGCGCACCGGGGACACAGCCGCUGCUGGGCGGGUGCGGGACUUGACGGGCGACACGAGCGGCUUGAACGAAGGUUUCUUGACUGCGCAGACCGUUGGAGGAUAGACAAAGAUCUGUGGCGGCGCAGAGUCCCUACCGGCUUGACUACUACUAUCGUCCGACAUCUGCAGGAUUCUCUGCAGUGAGGACAGAGUCUGGUCGCCGGCUUUCGGGUCAGACGAGCUGCUGUUCUUCGUGCGGUUAGGGUCAAGGGCACGAAGCGGUCUACGAGUCGGAGAUGAGUUUACACCAGUCUUCGGCGCAGGCGAUUUCUUUGUUGGACUUGAUGAGAGACACGCUAGAGACUUUGUUUGGGCCGCAGAGCGAUGCCGACCAGGAGGAAUGUUGCCGUUCUUGAGUGACUUGAGCAGAUCGUCCACUUGCGUCGGACGUGCAUCGUGUUCCUUGCGAGUAUCGUCCAGUGGGCCAUACUCGCUAUCUCUUGCGGCAGCAGCAGUCAAGAUCUGCGCCCAGCCCGAACCGCGCCGCGCCGCCGCGCUCCGCACCGCGUCAACCAGCACAGGCUCAAACUCCCUGCCCUCCCUCACCCCGCUGUACGCGCGCUCCAGCACCGGCUCGUGCCGCCCCACCUCGACCAUCAGCCCGACGAACCUCUUCAGGCAGCCCACCUCCCGCUCGAGCCCGCAGAUGACCGCGCGCAGCUCGCGCAUCGCGAGCAGCCCCGCGUAGUACUCGCUCGAGAAGUACGUCAUGCUCGCGCUCAGCAGCGCCGUGUCCGUCGCGGCCGACGCCGCGCGCUGCUGCAGGCGCUCGUUCAUCGACUCGAGGUGCGCGAGGCGCUCCUUGAUCGCCGCGAGCUUGAGCACCGGCUGCGUGAGGCGGGUCUUGGGGUGCCCGAUGUGCUCCUUUGGCUCGCCGAGGACGAUUUCUGGCGAGCAGGGCGGCGGCGGGGCGGAGCUGGAGGAGUCGCGGUCAGGGCGGGGCCGCCGGAUCCGGUAUUGUUGUUGUUUCUGUUGCUGGUGCGAUGUUGCUGCGGGGACAUCGAGCGAGAUGGGAGAUGCAAGUAGGCCGGGAUUGAAGCGUUGGGGCGUGCGAUAGCGCGCGCAGUCUUCAUCUUCCUCGACGAUAGGGAUAGUACGCUCGAGGAGCAGGGGUAGAUCGCCGAGAAGACGCGUUUUUGAGGCAGGGGAAAAGCUGGCGAAUGGCUCUGAGUUGUGUCUUCUGUGCGUGCGUGGAUAUGCAGAGCGAGGAGCUCCAAAUUCGCGAGGUUGUGUGAGAAGAUUGAACGAGCGUGGGGGUUUCGUUUCAGAGACGAACGAGAGACGAGUAAAGACAGACAUGAUGAGAGAUGUGAGGAGCAAGGGUGCGCGGGCGACUCUACGGGAUCAAAACUCGUAUAGCGAUCGAAUUCAUGCAACUUGCCCGCCCGACAUGCGUGUAGAGCAUCUCUUGCUUGGAGAAGGCAGAGUCAGAUGAUUGAUAGAUAUUGACUUCGCAGACAAUGUAUUGGGGCAUCAAAGCAGGGUUAGCGACCCCAUUUUUCGUUAAACUUCAUUCGGGCGUACUAGCCUCAACUAAGAAGUUAGCACAAAG